AUGGCCUCCCGUAAAUCAAAAAGAGUAUCGUUUGACAACUCCUCUAAGAUUGUGGAAAUCACUGAGGAAAAUGAAAGUGAGUUCUCCGAGUCGGUGACAAUUUCAAAAGAUGAGUUUGACCCAGACUCCAUGAACAUUGAUCUUACAACAGGCAAAAAAAGAAGAAACAUUGGGCAGAGUUCUGAAAAAUCGUCAUCCAACGGUGGUGGUGAUUCCAAGGAGGAGUUCACAGUCCCCCUAUUGACUACUUCAUGGGCACUAGUUCCCUACCAUUUAUUACUGUUGUUGUUCAACAUCGUCGUGGAUGGUACCAUCAUGGAAGACGUUAGAGAGGGUGUCCAGAAGGCUUUUUAUGGACUCUCUGUUUUAUCUCUUAUAUUUGCUGUUCUAGUUAAUGAGGCUGUUAAGGGGGAAAAAACCAAAAAUGCAAGAUCCGAUGGUCCUACAAACUUUGAAUUCUUUUAUGUUGCAUUGUCUUUCCCCCUCUCAAUCAUGUUAUCUGUUCCAGUUUAUCUCACCUUUUUACUGUUUGGUGCACCUGCUGGUCGUUUAAACGCUUUAACUUUUUAUCUAGCGUCACAUGUCUCCGUAAUUGCAUUCUAUCCAUUACUAAAUGUUUACAAGUUUACUGACAAAAAUGCAAAGAAGAUUUGGUGGAAAUUGCUCACUUUUCAAGUGGCAAAUUGGAAAUUUAACCAAGUUUAUUGUACAGCUAUUGGUACUUUAGUUGGUUGCUGGCUUGGUGUUCUUCCUAUCCCUCUUGAUUGGGAUAGAGAUUGGCAAGACUGGCCAAUAACCGUUUUAUUUGGUGCAUAUGCUGGUGGGUUCCUAGGUGGUUUAGCAAGUUAUGCAUAUGGGUGCUACGUGUAUUCGAAAAUGAAAAGUAGAAUAUCGUAA